UUGCCAAACAAUGAGCAGGAAAAAGCCACGUUGACGACGAAGUGGACAGAAGCUCUACAUUUCGUUUGCUCGGAAAAACAGGAGAAAAUUCCCUAAAAAUAUAUGCUCGUUGUUUGUCAUUUUGGUAUCUCGUCAGUAUAGAGAUGUCGUCGCCUCCAAAGGAGAAACCCGAUUUGAAAGCUGGACAUCUUCCUGCGGUCAAAGUGGGAGGCAUGAGGGUAGUGCAGAAGCACCAGCCGGCAGCAGCCGGAGAGCCAGCCCCACCACCAGAGAAGAAGGAGGAGGAGGACGGGGAGGAGUUCGUCAGCAGCAGUCCACCAAAGCCAACGGUUGUCGUCUCAGGAGUAGUUACCAAGGGCGAUAAGGACUUCACCCCGGCGGCAGCGCAGGUGGCCCACCAGAAGCCCGUUCCCGCGGUGCAGAAGAUGCCCCCCGCCCAGCACAACCAGCACAUCCACCAGCCCCGCAAGUGAGCCGGUGCCGGGCCAGGCCCGUGCCUACAGUACAGAGGCACAACAAGGGUCACGACACGGGGGACGGGACCAUGCCAAAGCCCAACCAAAUAGACCACCUUAACCACCAACCACCACCACCAAACUCAAGCAAAAGACGCCGCCACCAACCGCUCACCAUUAUAUCCAUGUUACUCAGCCAACCUGCCAGCCAACCAGUCUAGUCUCACUAUUCCAGCCUAGUGCCUAACUAACCAACCCAGACACACUAGCUAUUGAACAAUAACAACAACCUAAUCAGAUACCAAAACAAUACCAAUGACUUGGCAGUAUGAGUAAACAUCGUUUAGCCAAGCAACUGUAGUACUACACAAGCCAUUAAAGGAGAACUUCGGUGUGAAUCAGUCCAUGGUCCUGUUACAAUCAUACAUAUCGCCAAGGUUAUAGGGUGCUGUAGGGGGAAACAUUACCACAUUUAAAAAAAAACUUGGACAGAAUAAAGAAUUGGUAUCCAAUACUGCCUUGGGGUACGGGGCAUGGGGAAAUGAAUGAGACUGGCUGCAUGUCUGAUUUAGUUGGUGUUGCUACCAGUUUAUCAUAUGUGGAAAUCUAUUCGCAUUCUAUUUCCUACCAACAGCACUUGGUUCCCUUGAUCAACAGGGCUAUGGAUUGGUUCACCGCAAUCUUUGUCUGUUAACCAUUCAAGCCAAAAACGGUCCGACACUCUCAACCAAAUGGCAUAUGGAACAAAGCACUUGCCUAAUGCCCAAUCAACGUGCCCACACAGCAGACCAAUUAUCAAACCAACAUAUCGGUUUCUUUCCACUCCCACCCAGCUAGACGAAAUCAUGGUAAUAUCAAUAUCCAUCGAUCAAUAGAUCAGUUCAUCUCAAUUAAUAAGCCGAUCAGCCUUCUCACCUGCAUGCCUACUACAUACCCAAGCCAACCAGUGUAUGUGACCAACCCCCGCCCACCACAAACCAACCAAUCAGGUGCUCAGGUUAGUCAGGGACCACUGCACUAAACCAAUCAUUCCUUACGAUCACACUCGUGCCCGGUGCAAAAGACCCCGCCCCCACACUUUAGCCUUCAACCAAUCACCCCUGCCUUCCUGCAGACAAUGAUGAUGAUCUUAAAUGAUGAGAACACUAACAUCGGUUCAGGGCUGCAUAUCACAGUAAUUUUUGUCCUUAGAUUGAAAAUAUUCUUGUAAUGUUAAAGGAGAUGUAUUUAAUGAGAAGAUGACGCUUUAUUUUGUUUUUUUCUUUGUCCUGUUUGACACAAAAUUAUUUUCUGGAAUUGUGUGAAAUUGUAUAAAUCCAUAAGUGAUGACAUGUGGAAGGAUUGUGAUGUUAGAGGAGUUGAGUUUUUGCUCUCUAGGUGUGGCUGCUGGAAUAAAAGUUUAUCGUUGAAUGAAACCCAUACGCCUGCCAUGUUGUUUACCCGUAUAUCUCUGUAUGCUCACACCAGAAGUAGCUAAAAGUAACUGGAAAAACACAGCUGCUAAAUAAUUCUGGUCGCUUUUUUUUUAGCUCAAGUCGUUCAUGACGCGAGGGGCUCAAACAUUUCAUUUUGCUUACCCAUUUGAAGAACGACUGCAUUCCCCUUGGUUAAGUGUUUCACAGCUGACGCUUUUAUUCAAAGCGACUUACAGAUAUUAUUUUUCAAGGUGUUGGUCACAGUCCUUAGACCUUGGUUUGGAGCCUUGCUCAAAAAAAGCCUGACUUUCUAACCAUAUCCAAGCAUCAUAACUCAUUUGCAUGAAGUUCAACCGUUGUUAACUUUUUUGUCGUUGCUCUAGUCACUGUUGCUUUUGUAGCUGUUGUCGCUCCUUUUCAUUCAAUCUCAGUUGCUUCUGGUGUGAUCACAGUAAUUUUCACUAUCUAGUUUGCUGUCUUCACAACUCUCAUGCGUGCUUGGUUCCCUCUGGAGACUGAAUGCAGAUGGUCGAUUUUUUUCAAGAUGAUGGAUAUUAUUGGAUUAAAUAAUAUAUGAAUAAAAAAUAUAUAAAUGUGUUUAAACACCACA